GGCGAGCUCAUCCACCUUACUUUUUUCGGCGAUUUUUUAAGCGGCGAUUUUUUCUCGUCUCUCGACAAGAGACCACCGACAUUGCGAUCGCGGACACUGCCGUCUCGUCGGUCUGUUGAUGCUCUGCCCAACACUGUGGCUGAUUCCCAAGCAAUCAAGGAGUUCGAGCUCCGCGUCCAAGCCAAUAGUGCCCAACAACAAAAACCCGGACAACAUCGAGAAUCGAAUCGUCUUCAGAAACAACAAUGAUACGUCCUUGGAAAUUCUACGCUCACCUAAUACUCGCAUUCGUCGCCUUGAGAGGUGUCUCCGGUGACGACAAUGCGGAAGAAGGAGACUACUAUCAGCGAUACUUUGAGGUGUGCAAGGAUGAAACUAUUGAAGUAGAAGAUGUUUCGCUGUUAUGCGACAGUCCAGGCGCAUAUUACUACGGAAACGGGAAAUAUCGGAACAGCGAAACAUGUGCUCUAGGAGACAAGGGACAUGUCUCCAUUUACUUCUACAUUGGAGAAGAGAUGAUGGGAUACGAACCGUACGUAACGCUCAAAGUGAAGAGCAAUGAUGGGAGCAUGGAAGAUGCGUACAUUGCCCAAGACGAGCAGCUGUGCUCUCUCAGUGGUCUUUCUUCUCAAGAUGGACAAGCUUGUCCUGCAGAGGGCUUCUACUAUCUAAAGGGAACUGUCUACCUUGGAAACAAAGACGGAAACAGCAAUUCGCUUGAUGUCGUGGCAACAGUGGGAUUCCGAUCGGAUCCAGAAGUAGGAUACUUUGACCUUGGUGGGGCCAACACCGAUUACUGCGAAGGUGGAAGCUAUGGAAAGUAUUCCUAUGCCAAGAUGCGAAAGCAGAUUGCCAACGCUGUUGCUUCCUUUCUCGUCACAUGGGGAACACUCUUCUUUGGAGUCAUCGCCGUCGUUGCAUUCGGCGUCUUCUUAGUAAAACGAAUCCGAAACCGAAAUGACGUCGCAUUCGAAGAAGCCGAUGAAGAUUUGCUGGAUGGACACUUCAAUCAGGUGAUUGUCAUGUCUAGCAGUAGAUCCCUGGUAGACUUUUGAGACUUCAGAGAUGGACUCGGCUCUAUCAAUUGCUUCGUUCGCAAUUGCCUUGGGGAUACCGUAGUACCGGUACAAUUAUUCAUUCUAUUUGUCAUGAUGUAACACUGCACUCGAAAUACGCUCGCUCUUGCGCCAACCCUAAAACAAACUAAACAUGAUGGCGAUUAUUACAUGCAAACGCACUUUUUGACUAGAACAACACAACCUGAAGCCUGGAAGAAAUCAGGCAUCCCACGUGUGCUGGUACUCGAAGCCAAGUGGCAGCAUUGAUACCGGUGGUAAUAAGAUACGAGUGCGAGAAAGCAGAGUCACGAAUGGAGGGAGCGGCUACAAGCAAUGCAUCAUGACGACGAAUUGGUACCAGGUCGAAGUGGAGCUGGACCUGUCUUCAGGCUGUACCGGUACUUUUGGUGGGGCAAGCCUGACUCGACUCGCGAAUUAGGUGAACGAGUGACGAGUGACGAGUCUAGCAUACCUUUACUAAUAGCAUGAUAUCAAACGUACUAUA